AUGUCCAAGCAUAAUUUUGAUCAGAAUUCACCAUCACUUGGAUAUAAAAAACAAAAGUUGGACAAAAACAACCAUCUUACUGAUGAAGAGGAAAGUGAUCCCACUAUCUCAAAUGGUCUUUCUCACCCUAUUGUUCGGCGUGAAAUGUGCCUUUUUUGCUUUGAUGUUCUACAUAGUCCAUUGUUUGUAACUUGGGCCAUCUCUAAAGAUCAUCGGUUGCGCGGCUGUAUUGGAACUUUUAAAGCCAUGAAUUUGCAUAGCGGCCUAAGGGAAUAUGCUCUGAACAGUGCUCUACGUGAUUCUCGAUUUCCACCAAUUACACUAAAAGAGUUUCCCAAUCUCUAUUGCUCUGUGUCUCUUUUAAUUGAUUUUGAAGAUGCCACUGAUUACAAAGAUUGGCAGAUUGGUAUUCACGGAAUUCGGAUUGAAUUUGUGACUGAACGUGGAUCUCAACGCUCGGCUACUUAUUUACCGGAAGUUGCAGUAGAACAGGGAUGGAAUCAUGAGGAGACCAUUGAUUCUCUUCUUAGGAAGGGUGGUUACCGUGGUACCAUAACGGAAUCAGUGCGCUCUUCGGUCCACCUCACUCGUUAUAAAAGUGAUAAAAUUCAGAUUCAUGCUAGCGAAUAUUUCGCUGAACAGUCGAAUGGUUAUUGUGUGUAG